AUCCGAAUUUAAUCCGGGUUUCAAAGUCGGGUCUUCCCCUAAUCGAAAAGCACGAAUUUUCAACCCUAGCCCCUUUCCGAAUUCCCCCAAAUUAUUUUUUUCCUACAAAAUUUUCUUCGAAUUAGUUGCAGAUCCCUUCCUUCUUCCAGAUCGAUCUUCAAAUCUAUUGUUAAUAUGGGUUUUAAGCGCACUUUUGACGCUGAGGAUGUGCGAGAGCACAACGUGAAGCAUGCAAGACAGAUUAGUUUUUGCAAUAAGCUGGCCAAACUAGAUGAAGGAGUUCCGUAUCGUGAAUCAUUAGAGAAUUCAGGUGUUGUCAUAGGAGAGGAUCCAAGUGACCUCUACGGGUUCAAAUGUGAGUAUUAUGUUGAGAAGGGGUUUGAGAGCAAUGCACCUUUCUCUUGGACCACAACCGGUUUUGAGGAGGAUUCUCUGUCUGGUGCGACGACUCAGUCUACCCUUUCUCAUGGAUCUCCCGAGUCAGAUUUCCCCUGGAGACCAAUUUUCCCAGCAGAUGAUGAUGAUUGGUGUCAGAUGUCUCCUAGAAAACCAGUUCCAAUCGGGUCAGAGUACCAGGCUGAUAUUCCUGAAUGUGUCAAGGAAGAAGUCAGGGGCCAGUCGAGUGAUGAAGAACAAGUGAUGGGGAAGUGCAUAAUUCCAAUGCCUGACUGUGAAACAGAGGUCUGCAAAAUCGGUAAAGGAAGAAAGGAAUGCAUUUGCCUGGAUAAAGGGUCCAUCAGAUGUGUGCAGCAGCAUAUCAUGGAAAACAGAGAGGACUUGUUUGAAACUGUUGGACAUGAAAGAUGUCUGAACAUAGGUCUCGGUGAAGGGGAGGAAGUUGCUGUAAACUAGUGAAGACGAGGAGAUCUAUUUCACGAGAUUGUUUACUCCAAUCCGGUUUCACUGGACCGGGAUUUCUGGAAACACCUGAAGUCUGCGUUUCCUUCACGAACCAUGAAGGAAAUUGUGAGCUAUUAUUUCAAUGUCUUCAUCCUGCGGAGACGAGCUGUCCAGAAUCGAUCUAAAAGCCUGGACGUUGAUAGUGAUGAUGACGAGUGGCAAGUGGAGUAUGACAACACCUUUGGUGGUGCGGAAACUCCAGAUGAGAAAACUGGGAAAAGCCUAUCAAGGGACGAAGAAGAAGAAGAGGUGAAUGUGGAAGAAGAUUCGUACAUGUCAUUUGAGUUUCAGUCCAAUGUAAGCUACUCUCGAUGUCCAGUUAAAAGCAGAGAAGAAUCCAACAUUGGGAAUUACUGGCGCCACUGCAAUGAUCUUGUGGAUCAUUCGUAUUCGUUUGAUCCUUGUGAUUCGAUUCUGCCAGAUCAUUUUUGGAAUAAGAACAUUGAUCUGCUUCCAACUUCAAACAUCAUCGACGAGAUCUUUGGCCAAGACCCAUACGUCAAUAAAUUUCGAAUGUAAAAAGUUAGAAAACAAAUUUGAAAAUAAAUUAGAUUGUUGUUUUUCUUUUAUAUUGUAGUUUAUUUAUUACCUUUGUAAAUUAGAUUUUCUUGUAAGAAGAAGAAAAAAAUCUUCAAAACUGUUUAAUAAACUAACUUUUUUCA